UUUAAAUCACUUGUCCGUAGUUUGUUUGACAUGUAAAAUAUCUGCCUAAAUUUAAAAGUCGUGCAAAAAUGAAUCAUGCGUAACUGUAUACAUAGUAGACACGGAAUUUGACAACCCCAAAUAGUGCCAUUUUUAGACGUAUACUGCUGACGUUUACAGAGGCUUCAAAUAGCUUCCGUUCUACGCUGGUAGUGAUUGGACCCCGUGAGCUAACAUAUUGGUUAAACUAGUCCGACAUUCUACACCUCAAUGGAGGAACAGCCCAGAGAUCGGGCACAAGAAAGGCAAUAUCACCACCACGGAGGGGACAGACACACUAUUCAACAUACAACUUGUCUAAAACAUGAUCAGAGCCACUUCCAGCGCCAGCACCAGGAAACGCAGACGAAGAAAACAGGUUGGGCCAUCCGGAAAAGCAUUAAAAAAGUAAACAUCCGUCAGGAGGAGUGGGAGAAUAAUCUGCAUCUCUCUGACACUGUUGGUAUGUCACAUGCCCCCAACAGCCAUUGUAACCGACACACAAGUCAUGCAAAUGUGAAGCAGAAAUCAACGCAAAAGCUUUACACAACUGUUCCAAAAGUGAGCAGCAAAGGAUUGGACCUUAAGAAGAAUAUGGACCUUAAAAUUGACAAGGAAAAGGUUCUGGAGUUGAAUCAUCAUGAGGGCCAUUCAAUGAAUAAGAACGACCCUGUGUUGCUUCAAAAUGGCGUUGUAAAUUGUGGCUUGAUUACAAAUGGCUACUACAGCAAGGACAAUGAUGGCAGCGGCUCCGAAGGUGGAUAUACUACUCCGAAAAAGCGCAAGGCCAGAUGUAACAACGCAAAGAACACUGAUAAUGCUCUAAGAGACGAGGAGAAAGACAUGCAGCAGGGCAGCAGUACUCAAGAACAUGGGGCUUUUAAUCUUGAGACGACUGAGAAGGGAAUGACUUCUAGACUUGAUGGCUUUAGAGCCGGCCAUAAAGCAGAAGCUCAGUCAGCAGCUAGACGGGCUGUUGUGUCAGAGGCUUCAUUGGGUGAGGCUCAGAGGAAGAACUCUGAUGGCAAAAUAGUUGGCAACUUUGGUAAAAAGACUGAGGAAAGGCAUAAAGCCAAGCUUUCCUCACCUUCAAAAGAGGACUCGUGGACUUUGUUCAAGCCCCCGCCAGUAUUUCCUGUGGACAAUAGCAGUGCAAAAAUUGUUCCUAAGAUCAGUUAUGCAAGUAAAGUAAAAGAGAACCUCAACAAAGUAGCACAAGGUGGAGGAGAGGCACUGCCUCCUCCGGUCAGACUGUCACAGGUCCCUAUGUCUGCUAUGAAAACUAUCACCUCAGCUAGCUUUACUAAUGGCCCGGUUUCUGGAAACGGUAACGGCUGCCCUUCCGUGGGUACCUUCUUUGCUCCUGCUGCUAGUAGUAUCCCACCAGCCCCCUAUUUCCCAAGUGGCGAGAAUGUAGCAUGUCCUUUGGAAAGUAACUGUAGCUCUACAACCAGUCCUGUAGAUGGAGAACCAUACGAGCUUAGAAAAACGCUUUUAAUCUACCCUUUAAAUAUGCAACCUGUGCUCCCUAGUGCUCGGCAUCUUGACCCACCGGCUGCUCAGACAAAUCAGAACGCCUUGGGAGACAUCUUCCAGAAUCAAUGGGGGCUUUCUUUCAUAAAUGAGCCCAAUUUGGGGCCAGAAGGAUCAGGUGGCAAGGUGCCCGCAGAGGACAAGACAAGUGUGGUGCCACCUCAGAGCAAGUGUCAGACUGCUGCCCAGCCCUGCUUCGAUGUUGGCCCAUCAUUCUUUGAGCUUGGCACUUUAGCUCAAGACCCCAAGAGAAGGACUUGUGCCCCCUGCAGUGUGUCUGAGGCCUUUUCUCCUGCACGUGGGACGAGUGAGGAGGAGAACCAGCUGCAGCCAUGUGGCCAGGAAAAGACUCAAGUUGAGGCCAAGGGUGCAGGGUUUGCUGUGUUGCCUCCCAGUAAAGACAAUGGUGCUAAGCCUGCUCAGGGCCAGCUGACCACUGUGUUGUUUGGCUCAUCUAAGCACCUGACCCACUCUAAAGACAUUGGCAGAAGGUGUAGCUGGGCGUCCUUUGAUAUUAAAGCUGCUGUCACUUAUCACACUAAAGAAAUGGAAUUAAUUUUCAACUUGCAAAAACAAGAUCCAAAAAGAGUAGUGUCUUAUGAUGAGACCAAGGAUGGGCCUGAUCAGUGAGGUAGAUGGUCUACUGUUCUUACCCUCUUCUGUGAGCUGUGAUUUUCUUCCUUUGGAACCAUGAAUCCUGUCGGACAGAUAAAGGGACAACUGUGAAAGCAUUGAUAGUUUAGCAUGACAGAAUUUCCUUGGAAUCUCCAGUGAAAAAAACAGACUUCUUUGGGGACAUCAGACGAACAAGCAGACACACUGGAGGGACGCUAAAGGAGAUGAUCGGUGCCUCUCAAACAACACAAAUACCAACUUAUAGAGCUGUGAUAAUGGCUCUUUAAGGUUGAUGUUCGGGAGUUCAACAAAGGAAGGUGUCAUGGAUUGCACCACCCUAAGCCUUUUUUCUGUCGAACUGCGGCGCCUUUCAGUCUGACUAAGGGAGGCCUCAGUCAUUUUCUUCACGCAUUCAAAUGAGUUCAUCGUAGAUAUGUUAACCGUUAUACCUACACGUUUGAGGGCGAGCUUGAAUCAUAGGACGAAAGGAGAGCACAUUGCAGAGAAUGCCUCGAAGGCGUAGUUCAGUUGUUUGGAGUUAAACCGUUAAAUGGAAGCUCACAAGUGAGGCCCCAUCCAGGAGAGGGAGAGCCUCUUCUAAAGGCCUUUUCUUUUUUGGUAGGGUGACAUCAGAGCCCAGAGAAGAAAUGCUCGCCUUUUCUUUUAUAGUCGUUUUUUGUGCCCUGACAUGAGUGUUCUCUGCGCUGCAGUAUGACCACAGAGCACAGGUACAGAAGUGCCCAUUUUGAAGGAAAGCCACGCCCCUUCAUUUCAAUGUUUAUUACAGGUGUGCUAAAGAUUUUCAAAUCAGGUCUGUCAAAGGCCAAAUGUUUUUCAUCUUUAAGCUUUUCAUGCAGUUCAUUAGGAUGUAACUGAGUAUUCUUACAUUCAAAUUCAUAUAUAUAUAUAUAUAUAUAUAUAUAUAAAAAUAAAAACACACACAGUUUACCCCAAUCCCUCCUGCGGCCGAACUGUUUGCCUUUAGUUGAAGAAUUAAAGGACCCAGAGGCAUUUCUACCAAUAAGGUCUUCUGCAUUUUGUGCUAAUUCCUCAGCAGCAAGACUCAGGAUGUCCAUACAGAUUUUUAGCUUUUUUCUGUUUAAAAACUGUUCAAAUUUUAUUGUCAGAAACAUGUUGCGUUUUUAUAACAGAUUUUUUUUUUAAGAGAAAAAAAAUAUAUUUCUUUUGAGUCUUUUUUUUUUUUUUUUUUUUUUUUUGCAUGUUUACUGGUGGAAAUGAAUGAGUCAGAGCUCACUGUUGAUCUCCAUUCAAAGAUAACAGUAACACAUCAUUACUUGCAAUACUAAUCUAGGUUUCCCCGACUGGCCAAACUGUGUUGAAAUGUGAAGAUGAGUUGUACUAUUAUGUUUUUACCGUUUAAAAUUUGCAGACCAGUGUGCAAUAACACCAUGUGAUCCAUACAAUGUGUGAAAUGGGUUAUAUGGAGCUACAAAAUCAUCACCCAAGAUGCUGGUGGGGUUUAAAAAAAUGUUGCAUGCAUUUUCAGUUUGCACAAAAUCCAUUAGUAAAUUUUGCUAAUGACCUCACGUCUAAAGAUCUAAUUAAAUCUAGGGAGCCCACAUUUGUUAGCUGGCCAGCUGUGACAUCGCUUUCAUCACUGUCUCCAAAUCAGGAUUGGUUUAUUCAACAUAACAGAGGAACGGUCCAGAUAUCGUUCCUCUACAAGUUCUGAUUUGGUUAAUGUGUGGAUUAAUAGCACUUUAUGUAAACUAAUUGCUUUUAUCUUUUAGUUUUUAGAAAGAUCUAUAUGUAAUGACAAGAAAUACUCCUUGAAAGAAUGGCUCUGGGCUGUUAACUCUUCAGAAAGAAAAAAACAAGAUGAUAAAUUAAGAAUAUUCAAUGUAACUCAGGUAGUGUUGAUAAAGCCAUGACUAUGUAUGAUUUUUUUUUUCCUCCAAAUGGUCACCCUUCAUGUUCUCAAAUUAGACUUGGUGUCCUAAAUUGGAGUCCAAAACACCAAAUACUUUUGAAGAUAAUGGUCAUAGCAUGCAAGGUGCAAUUAUCGUCAUUUUGGGCUCUAAAAAUGUAAGUUUUCCUCUUUAUUUACUGCUUUUAAAAAAACAAAAUGGAAAAAAAAGCACAUUGCUCCACGCGCUGUUUUCUGUGUAUAAUAGACUGUAAUCGUGCAAUCUUUGGCUAAUUCUCCCUCUUAUGUAUAGAGUUAGGCACCCCCUUAAUUUGUUACUGCUAAACAGCAGCUUUUAUUUUUAAUCUGGUCGCUACAAUCUGGGUUUUAGUUUUUAAGUACAUUUCUCUCUGAGCGCUGCAGAGAGGGAAAGUUGGAACAGACGCCAGUCGUCUUGACUUUAACUUUCACGUUUUAUCUCGGUCAGCUCUCUGCUAUUUAAAACUGUUUGUUUUUUGGCUCUCAUUGUACGGAGCCAGAUGGCCGUGUGUACCAACAGAGGCUGAAAAAGAACAGUUGUGUUGCAUCUGGUGGAUGAGGAACGAGGGCGUUUCCAGAGAUUUUGGCCUUUAGUGUUUCCAUUUCCUUUUUAUUUUUAAAUCUGGAAUUAAGUUACACAAAACUCACAAUUCAAUUUCUUCUUGUUGCCCAUGAUCCAAACGCAAGUGACAUAAUCAGGUUACCAAUGGUAGACGCCGUAUAGUUCAGGCCGAAUGCAUCUAUAGGCUCUACAUGUAAAACAGGGUGAUCCCAAUGAGUGGUAUGUGAUGUUACUGUGGUCUUAAAACCUUUGUUUUUGAGAGGCUGUUCCUCCACAGGGAAAUCUGAUAAUCUCCCACCCCAAGUAUCCUUCUUUUUUUAAAGCACUUAAUUCAGAGGCUAUGUUCAAUAUGCAUUUAUAAAGAUAGAACUAUUAUUUUUAGCAUUGUAGCCUGCAAACCAAAAACAGGUUCUUGAAGCUGAGUAGAUGGUAAAUCAAUGAGGGAGGAGAGGGGUUGAGAACGUACAGGCUGACCACGUGGAGCUUAGACCUCCACCCCCCCCCCUCAGGGUGUGCAAUCACCUCAAGGAUGCAGCCUUCCAAGUAGUGAGUGACGAGUUCGGCCUCGUCGUUUUGUGGCUGUGUGCAUAGCGAGUUCUUCCAAUUAUAUGCAAGCUCCUCGUAUAUUUCAAAACCCCCUUGUUGUUUCAUGUACAGGUGCCUGUGUGAAAAAAAGAUCUUUUACAGCAAAUCUGAUUGUUUAAAAUCUGCUUCCAUCAUAUAUGUGCCAUUUUUUUUUUUUUUUGUAACAUUUGCAAUGUUUUCUUACAUCUAAUCUCAAUUUUGUCUAUUAAGCAACAUGGAUUCAGUGGAGGGCAAUGAAAAAUCUGUGUGUAGUAGGUUUUAGAAUUUGUCAUGGCUUGUGAUCCGAAUUUCGUAUCCUAAAGCCCAAAUCAGUGUGACUGGGAUUGAUGAUGACCGCUUGCUGGCGUAUACUCGGGCCAGUCCAUUGUCAAGUUAUUGUCUGAAGUAGCACAUUAAUUGAUUUGAACUGAUUUAACAAAUUAGUGCUUUAAUGUGUUUUUUAAAGGUUUUAUUUGAGUUAUAACCUAAUUUAUCCAUAGAUGCAGAAGUAGGAUGAGACUAAACGGAAUAAAUCAUACAGGAAAUCAAGCUGUCUCAUUGUUUUAGAUGAUCUAGUUACUGAUAAAGGCUAAUGUAGACCCUAUUCUUUUCGUUUUUUUUGUUUGUUAAUAAACUACUUUAACUAAUUUCUUCAAAUAGUUGUGAUGGGAGCAAACUGCAUUGAAACACACUGCAUCCAGGGGCCCCCCUCCCAGUAUAUUUUUUUGUAUUCGUAGUGAUGUUAAUCGUGUUAUGAGGGGGAGUGAGGUAUUAAUGUACGGUUCAACAACUGAAAUCUGCUUUCGCCAAAGGUACACUACUCAGACAUUCAGCAGGUGAAUGGCAAGCGCACAGACCGUCACCGGGGACGUUGAUGUCGUAACCAGCUACCCGACACCGUGCUGGGUCGUGAGGAGCAUUUAGUGAGGAAAAGGCACUACUGUAGCAGCUGAGUGUCACUUUGAGCGUGUGGUUAUAUGGUGCAAGAGAGAAGCAAUCUUCAAAAGAUGAAACUAAACGCUGAAAUUGAUGCUUCUUCAUCCUCCAACUGUCUGGAAAUGCUGGACUUUGUUGUAUGUUUGUGCUCCACUUAAAACUGCGGCCUCCUUUGAAUGGUCUUUGCCUCUUGUGGAUGUUUUGAUUGAAGGGGCUUUUUUUGUUUUACUCAAUGACACCUGAGAGGUACAGUGUUUGAUUCCACACAUGACAAAUAAAGUUAUAAAAAAGGGCGACAUGUGUCUUAAAAAUGUUCAAUUGUGAAAAGAAGCGUUGAGUUGUGCCAAGUCAUUUCUGGUUUUGUUUCUGUGUCCUUUUGUUUCUUUUUUUAGUCUGCUCCUCCUUUAUCACUUUCACAUCUCUUGCCUCCCUAAAUGUUUUUAAGUGAGCAGUUUUUCAUUUUAAUUUGGAAUUUAACCGAAGUGUCACAUUACAUGUUUU